UGGCCUAUCUUACAGUAUUCCAUAUUCUCUUUGUGCUCUUUGUGUGGACGUAUUGGAAGUCUAUUUUUACUCUCCCGGUGCAGCCAGGCAAAAAGUACCAUAUGUCCUACGCCGACCAAGAACGCUAUGAAAAUGAAGAAAGGCCGGAGGUGCAGAGGCAAAUUCUGGCGGAAAUUGCAAGGAAGUUGCCGGUGUACACAAGAACGGGGAAUGGAG